AUGCAAAAAGACUUUGAUAUUGUGGUUUUUGGUGCCACUGGAUACACUGGGAUGAUUGUCUGCGAAGAACUUGCCCGUUAUAGCAGAAAAAACUCCAACAUUGCCUGGGCCGUUGCUGGAAGAUCCGAUUCAAACCUUCAAAAGACGCUGCAUCAAAUUUCCGAGCGAACAGGCCUUCCGCCUGUAAAGCAAAUCUCCCGCAUUGUGGCUACAGUAGAAAAUCCAGAGUCAUUGUUGGCAAUGGCUGAAAGAGCCAAAGUGGUGAUUAACUGCGUCGGACCGUUUUCGGUCAACGGCGAGGAAGUAGUUAAGGCGUGUCUGAAGGGUGGGGCUCACAGCUUAGACAUAUCAUGUGAGAAUCAGUACUUAGAAAGUGUGCAAUUGCGUUACGAUGCCGAAGCCCGCAAAAAGGGACUUUUCGUGAUUGGGUCUCUUGGAUUUGACUCGGUCCCAACAGAGGUUGGAAUUCAAUAUACGGUGGAAAAAUUUCCAGGUGCUCUUAAUGAAGUCGAAGCCUUCAUUUAUACCCCACCAAUGCCAUCUAAGAGUACGCUCAGUAUGUUUGAGACAAUGACUGCAGAGCUUUCAAAUGCAAAGAAUUUGGGAGAGUUGCGAAAGAGGCUUUUUCCUAGAGGUCUUCCAAAGCCACCGUCACUUCAAAAGCCAAGGAGCAGACUUUUCUACGAAGACGCUGUAUCUAGUUGGUGCAUACCCUACGUGGGCUCUAAUGAAGGCGUGGUUUUUCGCAGUCAACGGCGUUUGUACGAAUCGAAUCGCAUUGAUCAAGCGAUUCAGUUCAGGUGCUACAGAUGCGUGCCGAAUUAUCUGCUUGGAUUGUUCCUCCUGAUUUACGGUUUCAUUAUCGGUGUACUGUUGGAAUUCGCCGUCACCAGAAAACUUCUGCUUAGGAAGUACAAGUUGUUCUCCGCUGGCAUGGUAUCGAAGGAGGGCUCCCCGCGCGACCACCUCGAAACAACGUCAUUCACAACCACCUUCUUGGGGCUGGGCUACGAGAAGUCGGAACGCGCAAAAACCGGUGAGCCUACGAAGUUCAUUAUCACCCGUCUUCGUGGACCAGAUCCCUAUUUUAUCACAACAGCCAUUUGCGUCGUUCAAGCUGCCAUCAUUCUGCUCAGCAAUGCGGAUCGAAUGCCCGACAAGAGCGGCGUCUUUUCACCAGGCGCUGCCUUCUGGAACACGGACUACAUCCAGCGUCUCCGCGACCGCGGUCUGACGUUCGAAGUUGUCUCCAACGAAGGCGGCGACACGGAACAGAGACAGGACAAAGACAAGGAGACAUGA